AAUCGACUCAGCAAAAGGAGUACAGAAUGGUUGUCAGAUGGACCCUGUCCCUUACUGCCACCAGUUGUGCGACCUAAUCUAUCUAAGGCACCACUCGGUGGUCACAGUAGAGGUGGCAAAAUCGCAUUUGGCCUAGCUCUAUCUUACAUUAGUAACCCUAGCAAUAGGAUCAAGUACUCAGCUGUAGCGGGUAUUGAUCCAGUUGAAGGACUGAUGAAAGGUAUACCAAUUCCUCCACUCGUUCUAACCUAUGUUCCUCACUCUUUCGACCUAGAUAUGGCGGCUUUAGUUGUGGGAUCCGGCCUUGGAGAGAUUAAGAGAAAUCCACUGUUUUUUGCUUGUGCUCCAAAAGGUGUAAACCAUGAAGAGUUUUACAGUGAAUGUCGAUCUCCGGCCUUGGAUACACUCGACGACGAAACUAAAGGGAUUAAAGGGGCCGUUACUUAUUGUGCUUGUAAGAAUGGGAAAUCAAGGGAGCCAAUGAGGAGCUUUGUUGGGGGGAUUACUGUUGCUUUUAUGAAAGCAUAUCUUGAAGGUGAUGAUAGUUACUUAAAUGCUAUCAAGGAUGGGAAAGAUAUUAAUCUUCCUGCUCAGCUUCAAACUGUUGAGUUUUUAAAGGACUGACUUACAGUUAAGUGUUCAGCUUCAAACUGUUAUGUUUUUACAGAAUUUCCUACCAAAUUCUCUAUUGUACCAUUAAUCUGAUGUUGUUAGUCCGCA